GUACGCCGCAAUCGGGCAUGGAUGCGCCCGAUGCCCCGCACACGCCAAAGUAUCUGGAUGGCGGCACAACGACGCCCGGCUCGAACAAAUCGGCGUUCGUGGAGCUGCAGCAUGGAUACGGUGCCAUUCGCGGUGGUUAUCAACACUUUAGCGCACAAGGCGGACAAGACAGUUUCCCGAGUCCACGCAGCGCCCUCAGCUAUCCAUUCCCUCCAAUGCAUCAAAAUUCAGCAUAUUCGAGUUAUCACUUGGGUGGUUAUGCACCGCCAUGUGCUAGUCCACCAAAAGAUGAUAAAAUGGAAGAAAGUGGCUUACGGGUAAACGGCAAAGGCAAGAAAAUGCGAAAACCUAGGACAAUAUACAGUUCACUGCAACUCCAACAACUAAAUCGACGCUUUCAACGUACCCAAUACUUAGCUUUACCAGAGAGAGCCGAGCUUGCCGCUAGUCUUGGACUAACACAAACACAGGUGAAGAUUUGGUUUCAAAAUCGACGAUCAAAGUAUAAGAAGAUGAUGAAGGCAGCACAAGCUCCGGGCGUGGGUAGCGGACUUCCGUUAGGCGGCGGAGGCCCGGGACAAGGAGGCCAUAGUCCGUCACAGCAUCAAAAUAUGCAUGGAGCUCAAGGAGGCUCAAGUAGUGGAUCGCCUUCAAAUUUCCUACCUCCAGGACAUAGUCCAACGCCGUCAAGUACGCCAGUUAGCGAAUUGUCACCUGGCCUUAGCCCACCAUCUCAAGUCCCAUGGGAGCAAAAACCAUUGCCGCAAUGGGGCAAUAACGGAGGAGAUCAUAAACCACCGCCGCCGCAUAUGUCAAUGCCGCCAUCGUCGCAACCUCAAUUACCACCCCCAAAUCACGGGCAUCCAGGACCCCCGCAAUCGCAUCCAGGCACACAAAUGGGCGGCUAUAUGCCUCAGUAUUGGUAUCAACCGGAAACAAAUCCUUCGCUAUUGACCGUAUGGCCUGCCGUUUAA